AUGCCGUAUGAGGUCGUACAUCACGAGAUCAAGGCCGAUUCAGCAAGCCCCUACAUCAGAUACCUGGGGGACCCGUCUAGGGCGCCUCUAGCCCCCGAAGCGGCCUACAGCCACAGGCCCUUGGCAGCGACUCGCGGCCAUCUGGUCAUGCGCGAUGGCGCUGAGCUUCACAAGGUCGAUGGGGAUCAUGGACCGAAAGAUGGGGAUGCGAUUGCUGGGGGAGAGGGAUUACCGGCGAGGGGAAGCUGCUGUGCGUGGGUUGAGAGUGGCAAUCUGGGAUCCCACCCAUGCCAAUUCUCCGAUGCUUGCUCGAGCCGGAACUCUGCAUACGAGUAUUACACGGACGGACAAAGAAAGGCCAUCUCGAGGGUCCGACCAG